AUGACUUCCGAAUUUGAACGUAAAAAAUUAAAAAAACGGUUAUUUGAAGAGCGUGUUUGUGUUUGCAACAAAGCAAAAUGCCAUUCUGAAGAUGGUCCAAAACGUUCAAGAAAUGAACCGCUUAUUUUGGGAGACAUUUGGGAUCCGAUAUACGAAUUGCCGGAGGAAGCCAGACGACCACCGCUUAAAUAUAAAAAACCGUUGGUCAUUCGAACACCGGAAGAUGUUCGUAACGCAAAAGCUGAACGAAAACGUAUGAAAGAAUUAACAUUAGCACGAUUUCGCCGAGAAUCAUUUCGUGAUCGUCUUGUAAAGUUGUUGGUUGGUAGAAUCCAACUCGAUAACACGGAUUCAAAACUCACCACAGAAAAUGAAAUCGAUGUUUUACGAUAUCAUUAUUACAUUUUACAUGGAAUCGAUAAGAUUUAUGUGGCUCCAAUGGACUCGACCCUGGUUAAUAAGGUACUUGCAUUAAUUCCGCCUCAAUUAAAAGAUAAAGGCGAUGUUGGCAAAGUUAAAGAAGAUUUACAAGAUGUAUUUACUGCGUCAAUAAAAAAAUCAAUUGUAGAUUUUGUAUUAUCAGAUCCGAGUAAUCAAGCAUCGGUUACGAGUCAACAAGAUUCAUAUGAACGUCAAGAAUUAGUUAAAGAAAGUCCAAAUUGGGGAAUGUCGAUUAGAAAUAAUAAACGUAGAUUAAAAUCACGGUUAUUUAUUACAAAUAUUUGUUUGAGACAAUUAAUUAAUCGUUGGUGUAAUGAAUUUCAGCAUAUUCGAUUAUUACGUCCCAAUAAAUUCUACGAAUUUGGUGUUCCAUUGGACGUGAAUAAAUUUAAUGCAAUUUUUCGUGCUGAAAUUGAUGAAGCUAUAGAACAUUUACAAAACGUUUGGUAUGCUGACAUUGUUAGCAUAUUUAAACAAACAAGUGGUAGUAAGAAACGGGUUUUAUUCCCACCAAUCACAGACCCGAAAUUAGGCCAGAAAUAUUUCAAUUGUGUGGCAUCGUUAAUGAGUUAUCAAUUACAGAGUAUUUGUAUUGAAAGUUUAAAAGAAUAUGUGACAUGGGCCUUAGAUGUUGGGAUAUUAAACCGUGGAUUUGAUAUGAGUGUUUUUGUACGAAAUAAAGUUGUAUCAUUUGAACCAUAUUUUACGAAAUUCCGUGAUUUAUUGUUAGAACCGACUACAAUGAUGAUAAAUUUAAUAAAAAAAUUUAAUCGUAUUGAAUAUACACUGUAUCCAGAAUUGUAUCAUGAGAAAAGUACUACUCAUUUCUUGAAACCAAUUAUACUUGAUGAAAUUGUCAAACCCAUGCAUCACAAAAUUGUUGAAUUGGUUAAGGAACAACGUAUUGGCCCAGAACUAACAGUGAUUGAUUUUGAUGAAUUUCGUGAUAUAUUAAAAAAUGAAAUCGAAGCAUUUAUGUCAAAAAAUCACAGUUUUGAAGAGUACUGUGAUAAAAUUAUAUAUUUUGAGGAAUUAAUUAGUACCAUACCGAACAAAAUUGUCGCAAAUGUAAACACAGGAUUGUUCAAUUUAAAACGAAAUGAAAUUAUUACAAAUAUUACAACAGCAGCGGAAAAAAUGUUAAAUGAUUUAGUUCAACAUAAUCGAAAUGAAUAUCAAACAGCAUGCAAAGAACUUGGAAAAGCAUAUGAAGAUAUAGCAAAUCGUUUAUUAACUGUACCCAAAAACACCGCUGAACUUGUAGCGACUGUUGCCUACAGCAAAGAAGUACAGAAGAAAAUUUUACCAGUAAUGUUGGAUAAAUUACGUAUAAUUUUAGAUCAAAUGAUAUUUAUGGGAAAUCAUUCCGAAUUUGGUUUAGUAGAAGUGAAACAAAAUAAAACAACUUUUCAAUGGGCAUUAAAUUUUGACGAUGUCUUUGAAGAAAUGGAUGAGAUUGUUAAAAAGAAAUCGAUUGAAUAUCAAGAAUUUUUAAAAGAACGUCGAAUUAAGUUUGCAAAAAAUCUAUUGAUUUAUGCUCGCCAAGUGAGUCAAUGUGAAGAAUGGGGUGAUAUUGAAUUAAUUCGAAAGUAUCAUGAUAAGGCUAAAAGAUUUGAGACCAAAUUAUUAGCGGCCGCUGAUCAAAUCGAUCGUUUUAAUGAAGAGGAACAAGCAUUUGGGUGGGAAUUGUCACAAUAUCCAAUUCGGAAGAAAACUCAAGAUACGUUGAUACCUUACAAGAAGUUAUACGAUAAUGCAAUUGAAUUUUUCGAUAAUCAUGAUUUGUGGAUGUCAUCGCGAGUGGGUAGUUUUGAACCAGAAGAUAUUGAAAAUCAAUUAUCAACCUUAUCACGAAAUAUAUUGAAAUUAGAAAAAGGUUUUAGUGAAAAACUAACUCCGCGUAAUUUAGCAACAGCAAUUCGAUUAAAACUUGAAGAAUUCCAAGAGAAUAUGCCAAUUAUAAAUACACUAGGUAAUCCAUGUAUGAAAAAGCGUCAUUGGGAUGAGGUAUCAGAUAUUAUUGGGUUUCCCAUUCAUGUUGAUGACAAAAUGUCAUUGGCGAAAAUUAUAGAUUUUCAUUUAGAAGAGUAUGUAGGUAAAUUCGAGAAAAUAUCUGAGGCAGCCACAAAAGAAGGUAAUUUGGAGAAACAAUUAAAUAAAAUGCAAGCUGCUUGGGAGGAUCAAGAAUUUACGAUAAAUCCAUUUCGUGAUACUGGAACGUAUAUAUUAUCAGCAUGUGAUGAUAUUCAAACGCUUUUGGAUGAUAAUUUAUUAAAAAUCCAAACAGUACGAAAUUCACCAUACAUCAAGCCUUUUGCAGAUGAAGCCAGAAUAUGGCAAGAAAAAAUGAAAUUACUUGAGGCAAUAUUAGAAGAUUGGUUAAAAGUUCAAGCAACAUGGAUGUACCUAGAACCGAUUUUUUCAUCACCUGACAUACAAAAUCAAAUGCCUGAAGAAGCAAGACGAUUCAGCGCUGUAGAUAAAACAUGGAAGGAUAUUAUGCGACAAGUAUCAGUAGAUACAAAAGUGUUGACAGUAAUCGAAAUAGAUAAAAUGAGUCCCCGUUUACAAAAAUGUCGACAGUUAUUAGAUGAAGUAACUAAGGGAUUAAAUGCGUACUUAGAAAAGAAACGUCUAUUUUUCCCAAGAUUUUUCUUCUUAUCAAAUGAUGAGCUAUUAGAAAUUUUAUCCGAAACAAAAGAUCCAAAACGUGUACAACCACAUUUAAAGAAAUGUUUCGAAGGUAUUGCAAAGUUAGAAUUUACCGAGGCUUUAGUGAUUACACACAUGAAAUCCAGUGAGGGUGAGGUCAUUGAAUUAAAUUUCACAAUUGAUACGGUCCAAGCAAGAGGUCAAGUAGAAAAAUGGUUGUGUGAACUGGAAACAGAUAUGCGUCAAUCAGUACAUACCACAGUAGCAAAAUCAAUUGAAGAUUAUAAAGUACGGAAGCGAGACGAAUGGGUAUUGGUAUGGCCUGGACAAAUUGUACAAAGUAUAGGUUGUUAUUAUUGGACAAUUGAAGUCCAAGAAGCGAUUAUAAAAGGUCUUGACGCGUUAAAUGCAUAUUACGAAAAAUGUAUUAAGCAAAUUCGAGCUGUUGUUGAAUUAGUUCGUGGUAAAUUAAGCCCACAAGCAAGAAUUGCUUUGGGUGCAUUGGUUGUAUUAGAUGUACAUGCUAGAGAUGUUUUGGCUGAUUUAAUUAGCAAAAAAGUGUCGAGUAUCAAUGAUUUUGAGUGGUUAGCCCAAUUACGUUAUUAUUGGCUGGAUAAGGAUCUAUUUACCAGAAUGAUAAACUCGCAAUUGAAAUAUGGGUAUGAGUAUUUAGGAAAUGUACCACGCUUGGUUGUCACCCCAUUAACUGAUCGAUGUUAUCGUACAUUAUUUGGAGCAUUACAUUUACAUUUGGGUGGAGCACCUGAAGGUCCAGCUGGGACCGGAAAAACUGAGACUACAAAAGAUUUAGCAAAAGCAGUUGCAAAACAAUGUGUUGUCUUUAAUUGUUCUGAUGGUUUGGAUUAUAUUGCCUUAGGAAAAUUUUUUAAGGGAUUAUUGUCAUGUGGAGCAUGGGCCUGUUUUGAUGAGUUCAAUCGUAUUGAUUUAGAAGUUUUAUCGGUAGUGGCUCAACAAAUUUUAACAAUUCAACGUGGUAUUGGAACUGGUGCUAAAUAUUUAGUAUUUGAAGGUACCGAAUUAGAGUUGGAUCCUACUUGUGCUGUAUUUAUAACAAUGAAUCCUGGUUAUGCUGGCCGAUCAGAAUUACCGGAUAACUUAAAAGCACUAUUUCGAUCAGUUGCUAUGAUGGUGCCUGAUUAUUCUUUAAUUGCAGAGAUUGAGCUAUAUUCAUUUGGAUACUUAUAUCCCAAACCAUUGGCUAUUAAAAUUGUUGCCACAUAUAAAUUAUGCUCGGAACAAUUAUCUUCACAAUGUCAUUAUGAUUAUGGAAUGAGAGCGGUUAAAUCUGUGUUAACUGCAGCAAGAUCAUUAAAAUUAAAAUACCCUGAUCAAGAUGAAGACAAAAUGGUUUUACGUGCAAUCAAAGAUGUUAACUUACCAAAGUUUUUGGAUCAAGAUGUUCCAUUAUUUUUGGGAAUCAUAUCAGAUUUGUUCCCUGGUUUAACAUUACCGGAACCCGAUUAUGAAAUUUUGAACAAAGCUUUAAAUGAUGCUGGUGAAAAUGCAAAUAUUCAAAUAAUUCCAUGGUUUCAAGAAAAAUGCCAACAAUUAUAUGAAAUGAUAAUAUGUCGACAUGGUUUAAUGAUUGUUGGGCUUCCAUUUGCUGGUAAAACCAGUUGUUACAAGAUAUUAGCUUCAGCAUUAGGAUUAAUUGAAGAUCAGGGUUUGAUGGAUGAACAUCGAGUGGAAUACACAGUAAUAAAUCCAAAAUCCAUAACGAUGGGUCAAUUAUAUGGGCAAUUUGAUGCUGUUUCUCAUGAAUGGUUUGAUGGUGUCCUAGCUGUAAAUUAUCGAGCUUUUGCUUUAUCCCCAAACGAAAAUCGAAAAUGGUUAAUUUUCGAUGGUCCAGUGGACGCUGUGUGGAUUGAAAAUAUGAAUACAGUUUUGGACGAUAAUAAAAAAUUAUGUUUAAUGUCUGGUGAAAUUAUUCAAUUAGCACCAACCACAAAUUUAAUAUUCGAACCAAUGGAUUUAGAAGUAGCCUCACCGGCUACAGUUUCCCGAUGUGGUAUGAUUUACAUGGAACCUGCAUCGUUAGGAUGGGAAGUUUUAGUUUUAUCCUGGCUAAACAGAUUACCACCUUUAUUGGAAGAAGCAUAUAAAUUACAAUUGAAAACUCUAUUCUUUCGAUUUUGUAAUCCAUUACUGUAUUUAAUUCGACGAGGUGGUCUCCAGGAAAUGUAUCCAACUUUAAAUUCAAAUUUGCUUGUAAGCUGCAUGAAUUUAUGUGAAACAUUUAUGGAUGAUUUUUAUGACGAAGAAUACAUGAAACAAACUCCCGCAUUAAAUAUUCGGGCCCAGAUAGAAGGUCUUUUUUUCUUUUCAUGUAUAUGGUCACUCGGAGGUACGUUAUUUGCAGAUAGUCGACCAAAAUUUGAUUUACUGUUUAGAGGAUUGUUAGAAAAAACAUUUCCCACAAAAUUAUUGACUGAAUUGGGUAUAGGUUUGACUGUUGAAAAUCCAGAAAAAUCCUAUAUUUAUGUACUUCCUUCAGAGAAAACUGUAUUUGAUUAUUAUUAUAUAAAGCAGGGUAAAGGCAAGUGGAAACAAUGGUCAGAUGAUUUAUUAGCAGCACCGGCAAUACCCAGAGAUAUACCGGUGAAUCAAAUAAUUGUAACUACAGUGGAAACAAUUCGAUACAUAGCACUAAUGAAACUGUUGGUGGAACAUGGAAAACGGGCAAUGUUUGUGGGACCAACUGGUACUGGAAAAUCGAUUUAUGUUACUGACUUUUUGUUGAAAAAAGUGAACACUGCAAUUUAUAAGCCAAUAUUUAUAAAUUUUUCUGCUCAAACAUCGGCAAAUGAAACCCAAGAUAUUAUAAUGCAAAAAUUAGAUAAACGACGUCGGGGUGUUUAUGGUCCACCACCUGAACAAAAAUUUGUAAUAUUUGUUGACGAUGUGAGUAUGCCAAUGAAAGAAACAUAUGGGGCACAACCUCCAAUUGAAAUACUUCGACAAAUGAUUGAUCAAGAAAUGUGGUAUGAUCGAAAAGAGAUCACUCCCUUAUAUUUAGUUGAUAUACAGAUAAUGUGCGCUAUGGGCCCGCCAACAUCUGGAUUAACUGUAACACCAAGAUUUGCACGACAUUUUAAUAUUUUAUGUGUAAAUGAAUUUAAAGAAGAUAUUUUGAUAGCUAUUUUUAGUAAGAUAAUGCUAUGGCAUUUAGACACAAGGGGAUUUUCCAAGGAAUUUGAUCCAUGCAUUACAGAAAUUGUAAUGGCCACUUUAGAUAUAUACCGAGAAUCGCGAUUAAAUUUAUUACCAACACCAUCAAAAUGUCAUUAUUUAUUCAAUUUACGUGAUUUUGCACGAGUGAUUCAAGGUGUUUUGCUGUCAGUUCCCGAAGCAAUUGAAGAUUUGACAUCAAUGAAACGUUUGUGGGUGCAUGAAAUAUUACGUGUUUACUAUGACCGUUUAGUUGAGGAUCCAGAAAAAGAAUGGUUAUUUAAUAUUUUGCAUAAUGUUAUGCGUGAUCGUUUUGAUGUCGACAUGGACGAAGUUUUUAGUCGAUUAUUGGAUAAAGAUGAAACUGUUAUUGGUGAAAAUGCAUUACGUAAAUUAAUAUAUUGUGAUUUUGCAAAUUUAAAAGCUGAUUCUAAAUUCUAUAUGGAAGUUUUGGAUUUGAAUCAUUUACGAAAUAUUGUGGAAGGAUAUUUAAAGGAAUAUAAUAAUAUGUCAAAAAAACCAAUGAAUUUGGUCAUGUUUACUUUUGCCAUUGAACAUUUAUCCAGAAUAUGUCGAAUUAUUAAACAACCACGAAGUCAUGCACUAUUAGUUGGAGUUGGUGGAUCUGGCCGUCAAUCUUUGAGUCGCUUAGCAUCACACAUAUCCGAACAUGAUUUAUAUCAAGUGGAAAUUAGUCGACAAUAUGGUCCAGAAGAAUGGCAUGAAGAUAUUCGUAAAAUAUUAAAAAAGAUAGUUCUUACAGAAAUUCAUGCGACAUUUUUAUUCAGUGAUUCACAAAUAAAAGAAGAAUCAUUCUUAGAAGAUAUCAACAAUCUUUUAAAUUCUGGUGAAGUGCCAAACAUAUUUCCUCCUGAUGAAAAAGUGGAAAUUACUGAUAAAGCACGUCAACGUGAUCGCCAACGUGAUCGAGCUUUACAAACAGAUGGAAGCAUGGCUGCCUUAUUUAAUUAUUUUGUAUCAAUUAUUCGUGAUCAACUACAUAUAGUAUUGGCAAUGAGUCCUAUUGGUAAUAAUUUUCGUAUUCGAGUACGAAAAUUUCCAUCUAUAGUUAAUUGUUGUACAAUUGAUUGGUUUCACCCGUGGCCAUCUGAUGCUUUAUUAGCUGUGGCGACUCGAUUUGUGGGUCAAAUUGAUUUAAAGCCAAAUGAGCGCACAGCAUGCAUUGAAAUGUGUCAAACAUUUCAUACAUCCACUCAAGAUAUGGCAAAAGUGUUUUUUACAAGAUUAGGUCGACAGUGUUAUAUAACACCUACGUCAUAUUUGGAAUUAAUUAAAACAUUUGAUGCUUUAUUAACAGCUCAAAGACAGGCAAUAAUGGCCGCAAAACGUCGAUAUGAAGUUGGAUUAGAAAAAUUAGCUGACGCAGAAGCGGAUGUCAUCGUGAUGCAAAAGAAUUUGGCAGAAAUCAAGCCACAAUUAGUUUUGGCUGCUGCAAAUGUUGCAGAAACAGUGAAAGAAGUUGAAAAGGAAACUGAACAAGCUGCUAAAGUUGAAGAAAUUGUUAUGGCAGAAGAAGCUUCUGCAUCGGUUCAGGCUGCAGCUGCUAAAUCAAUCAAAGAUGAAUGUGAUGCUGACUUAGCGACAGCCAAGCCAAUUUUAGAUGCAGCUCUUGCAGCUCUAGAAACCUUAACACAAGCAGAUAUAACAAUUGUUAAAACAAUGAAAAGUCCACCACAAGGUGUGAAACUUGUAAUGGAAGCUGUUUGUAUUUUAAAAGAUAUAAAACCUGAUAAAUUACCAAAUCCAUCCGGAAUAGGUACGAUUGAAGAUUAUUGGGGGCCUUCAAAACGUUUACUCGGUGAUAUGAAAUUUCUUGAAGGUUUAAUAAAGUUUGAAAAGGAUACUAUACCAGCAAAAAUCAUGGAAAAAAUACGUACCAAAAUUUUGGUUGAUCCAUUAUUUGUCCCAGAUGUAAUAACGAAAGCAUCAAAUGCGGCUAAAGGUAUUUGUGAAUGGGUCAUUGCUUUGUCACAAUAUGAUGUUGUUGCAAAAAUAGUUGCCCCCAAAAAAGAAGCCUUAGCUGCCGCUGAAGCUGAAUUACAAGUAGCAACGGAAGCCUUGGAAGAGAAGCGUGGUAUGUUAAGAGCAGCACGUUUAAAAGUUGCAGAUUUAAAUAAAAUGUUAGAGGAUGAACAAGCUAAAUUGAAACGAUUAAGUGAUGAAGCAGAUUUGUGUACAAAAAAAUUACAACGCGCUGCUGAUUUAAUUGGCGGUUUAGGGGGAGAAAGGGUACGAUGGCGUGCCACAGCUGAAGCAUUAGGAGAAAAAUAUGAUUCACUUUGUGGGAAUAUUUUAAUAAGUGCUGGAAUUGUAGCAUAUUUAGGACCAUUCACUAUGGACUUUCGUAAUGAUCAAAUAAAAAAAUGGACUGAACAAUUAAAUGGUUUAGGUAUACCAUGCGAUGAAAAUUUUCAAUUGGUCACAGUCUUAGGUGAACCUGUUGAAAUUCGUCAAUGGAAUUUAUUUGGAUUGCCAUCUGAUAAUUUUUCCGUGGAAAAUGCAAUUAUAAUUAAGAAUGCUAAACGUUAUCCAUUGAUGAUUGAUCCACAAGGACAAGCAAAUAAAUGGAUAAAGAAUAUGGAAGCUGCAAAUAAAUUUACCAUAAUACGUUUUACACAAAACGAUUACGUUCGUACAUUGGAAAACGCAAUUCAGUUUGGUACACCAGUAUUAUUGGAAAAUGUUGGUGAAGAAUUGGAACCAAUAUUGGAGCCUUUACUGUUACAACAAACUUACAAACAAGGUGGUACAGAAUUAAUGAAAUUUGGAGAUGCAGUCAUUGAAUUUAGUAAGAAUUUCAGACUUUAUAUAACAACAAAAUUAAGAAAUCCACAUUAUUUGCCUGAAGUGUCUGUAAAAGUAACACUUGUUAAUUUUAUGAUAACAACUGUGGGCUUAAUCGAUCAAUUAUUGGGUAUUACUGUGGCAAAAGAACGUCCCGAUUUAGAAGCUGAAAAGAAUGCAUUAAUUGUACAAGGUGCAAAUAAUAAACGAAUGCUACAAGAAAUUGAGGAUAAAAUUUUACAAAUUUUAAGCUCAUCAGAGGGUAACAUUUUGGAUGAUGAAACUGGUGUACAAGUUUUGAGUUCAUCCAAAGUAUUAGCUACCGAAAUCACAAAGAAACAAGCUAUUGCUGAAAUCACAGAAAAAUCGAUAGAUGCGGCAAGAUUAAUUUAUGAUCCGGUUGCUACUUACAGUUCGGUGUUGUUUUUUACUACAGCUGCAUUAGCUAAUGUAGAUCCAAUGUAUCAGUAUUCAUUGGUAUGGUUUGUAAAUUUGUUUCGAAAUACAUUCGAUAAUGCUGAGAAAAAUGAAGAAGUAGAAAUUCGUUUGGAGGAAUUGAAAAAAUAUUUUACAUAUUCUUUAUACGUGAAUAUUUGUCGAAGUUUAUUCGAAAAGGAUAAACUACUAUUCUCAUUUUUGCUAACUGUUAAUUUAAUGCAAUACAAAAAUGAGCUGGAUAUGGGUGAAUGGAUGUUUCUAUUGACUGGUGGUGUUGGAUUAGAAAAUCCAUAUGAAAAUCCAACAAAAUGGAUGUCAAAGCCAUCAUGGGAUGAAUUAUGUCGUUUAGAUGGUCUACCAUCAUAUACUGGCUUACGUGAAGAUCUCGUAUCACAUUCACAAGAUUGGGAAAAAUAUUUCAAUUCGAAUACCGUAACUGAAGAUGCAAUACCCGGUGAAUGGAAUACAAAAUUAACUACAUUCCAAAAGUUAUUAAUUUUACGGGUGAUACGCAGUGACAAACUUGUUGCGGGAAUUUUAUUAUUCAUAACGGAAAAAAUUGGUAAUCAAUUUAUAGUUCCCCCACCAUUUGAUCUGUUGUCAGCGUUUAUGGAUUCAGAAUGUACUGUUCCAUUAAUAUUUGUUUUAACACCGGGUGCUGAUCCAACAGUGUUGUUAUUAAAAUUUGCUGAUGAUCAGGGAUUUGGAGCAAGACGUUUGGAUUCGUUGUCAUUAGGACAAGGACAAGGGCCAAUUGCAACAAAAAUGAUUGAUGAAGGUAUUAAAAAAGGAAAUUGGGUUGUUUUACAAAAUUGUCAUUUGGCUAAGAGCUGGAUGCCUGUACUAGAGGGCAUUUGUGAGACCUUUACUGCAGAAACAACAAAUCCUGACUUUCGUUUAUGGCUUACAUCGUAUCCAUCACCGGAUUUUCCUGUGGUUGUUUUGCAGAAUGGUAUAAAAAUGACGAAUGAACCACCAAAAGGUUUACGAGCGAAUGUAAUACGAUCUUAUUUAAGUGACCCGAUAUCCGAUUCUGAAUGGUUUGAAAAAUGCAAACAAAAUGUUAUAUUUAAACGAUUAUUGUUUGGCUUAUGUUUCUUUCAUGCUUUGAUACAAGAACGUCGUAAAUUUGGACCAUUAGGUUGGAAUAUUCCAUAUGAGUUCAAUGAAACUGAUUUACGAAUUUGUGUUUUACAAUUACAAAUGUUUUUGGAUGAAUAUGAGGAUGUCCAAUAUGUAGCACUUCGAUAUUUAGCUGGUGAAUGUAAUUAUGGUGGGAGAGUAACUGAUAAUUGGGAUCGAAGAACACUUAAUACAAUUUUAGCAACAUUUUAUAGCGAAGAAUUGGUUAAUACGGAUAAUUUCAUUUUGGAUGAAGACAAUCCAGAAAUCUUUUAUGUGCCAGCAGUCACUGAUUACGAUGAUUUUAUGAAAUUUGUUAAAGACUUACCGAUAUUUACUCCACCUUCCGUUUUUGGUUUACAUGCGAAUGCAGAUAUUAUGAAAGAUCAAGGUGAAACAGAUUUAUUACUUUCAACAACGUUAUUAACACAGGAUGCUUUGUCAAGUGGGGAUACAGCAAAAUCACCAGAAGAUACUGUCUUCGAUGUAGCAAGCGAUAUAUUAGGAAAACUUCCUAAAGAUUACGAUAUUGUAUCAGCAUUAGAAAAAUAUCCUACAACCUACUCAGAAAGUAUGAAUACUGUUUUAGUUCAAGAAAUGAGUCGAUACAAUGUACUUUUAAUUGAAAUACGACGUAGUUUAUUGGAUGUACGUAAAGGUGUUCGUGGUCAAAUUGUUUUAUCUGAUGCAUUAGAGGAAGUGGUGAAAAGUAUACUUACUGGUCGAAUACCGGCAAUGUGGUUGAAAAAAUCUUACCCAUCAUUAAAACCUUUGGGUAGUUAUGUAUUGGAUUUUCUGAAACGUUUAGAAUUCUUACAAUCUUGGUAUGAAGUUGGCGCACCGAUAAAUUUCUGGAUAUCCGGAUUUUAUUUUACACAAGCGUUUUUAACUGGUGUACAACAGAAUUUUGCUCGAAAACAUACGAUUCCAAUUGAUUUAUUGGAUUUCGAUUUUGAUAUCAAAAAAGAUGAGGCAUUCGAUGAGAGACCUGAAGAUGGUGCCUACGUUUAUGGAUUAUAUUUUGAUGGAGCACGUUGGAAUAGACAAACUAAACUUUUAGAUGAAUCGGCGCCAAAAGUUUUGUAUGAUGUUGCACCUUAUAUCUGGUUAAUUCCAAUCAAGAAAGAUGACCUUCAACCCAAAAAUACAUUUACAUGUCCAGUAUAUAAAACAACGGAAAGGCGUGGUGUAUUAGCAACAACUGGACAUUCAUCUAAUUUCGUAUUGCCAAUUGCUGUUCCAACGGAUCUUCCACCCGAACAUUGGGUUAAAAGAGGUGUUGCUUUGUUAUGUGCUUUGUCACAAUAAAC